CCCGCCCCUCCCCCUCGGUGGCAGUGGCGGCGGCUGCUGUUGUCACCCACCGGGCCGCCUGUCCCGCUUGCCCUCACCGCCGCGGGGCUGGCUAGGCUAGCCGGGCCGGGGACAGGCGGCCACCUCCUCAUCACCGCCGCCGCUACCACCGCCAUGCUGGCCGCUCGCCCACUGCAUUGGGGCCCCCAUCGCGCUCCAGCCCCCCGUGGGCCCAGCGCCAUCCCUGACCCGGGUCUCAGCGGCGGUGGCAGCCGAGGUACAGGAUGCGAGAAGGCGCCCCCCGGCCGGGCUCCCGCUCCAGGCCUCACACCCCUGCGGCCCUCUGAGCCCACCAUGGCCGUCCCACCAGGCCAUGGUCCUUUCUCUGGCUUUCCGGGGCCCCAGGAACACACACAGGUACUGCCUGAUGUGCGGCUCCUGCCCCGGAGACUGCCCCUGGCCUUCCGGGAUGCGGCCUCAGCCCCACUGCGAAAGCUCUCGGUGGACCUCAUCAAGACCUACAAGCACAUCAAUGAGGUAUACUAUGCGAAGAAGAAGCGGCGGGCCCAACAGGCACCACCCCAGGACUCGAGCACCAAAAAGGAGAAGAAGGUCCUGAACCACGGUUAUGACGACGACAACCACGACUACAUUGUGCGCAGUGGCGAGCGCUGGCUAGAGCGCUAUGAGAUUGACUCUCUUAUUGGCAAAGGCUCCUUUGGCCAGGUGGUGAGAGCCUAUGACCACCAGACUCAGGAGCUGGUGGCCAUCAAGAUCAUCAAGAACAAGAAGGCCUUCCUGAACCAGGCCCAGAUUGAGCUACGGCUGCUGGAGCUGAUGAACCAGCAUGAUACAGAGAUGAAGUACUACAUCGUACACCUUAAGCGGCACUUCAUGUUCCGGAAUCACCUGUGCCUGGUGUUUGAGCUGCUGUCCUACAACCUGUACGACCUCCUCCGCAACACACACUUUCGAGGUGUCUCACUGAACCUGACGAGGAAGCUGGCACAGCAGCUCUGCACAGCUCUGCUCUUUCUGGCCACCCCCGAGCUCAGCAUCAUCCACUGCGACCUCAAGCCUGAGAACAUCCUGCUCUGCAACCCCAAGCGCAGCGCCAUCAAGAUCGUGGACUUCGGCAGCUCCUGCCAGCUUGGCCAGCGGAUCUACCAGUACAUCCAGAGCCGCUUCUACCGCUCACCCGAGGUGCUCCUGGGUACACCCUAUGACCUGGCCAUCGACAUGUGGUCCCUGGGCUGCAUCCUUGUGGAGAUGCACACCGGAGAGCCUCUCUUCAGUGGCUCUAAUGAGGUGGACCAGAUGAGCCGUAUUGUGGAGGUGUUGGGCAUUCCUCCCGCACCCAUGCUGGACCAGGCACCCAAGGCUCGAAAGUACUUUGAGCGACUGCCUGGGGGUGGCUGGACCCUACGAAGGACAAAGGAACUCAGGAAGGAUUACCAGGGCCCUGGGACACGGCGGCUGCAGGAGGUGCUGGGCGUGCAGACGGGCGGGCCCGGGGGCCGGCGGGCGGGGGAGCCGGGCCACAGCCCCGCCGACUACCUCCGCUUCCAGGACCUGGUGCUGCGCAUGCUGGAGUAUGAGCCCGCCGCCCGCAUCAGCCCUCUGGGCGCUCUGCAGCAUGGCUUCUUCCGCCGCACGGCCGACGAGGCCACCAACACGGGCCCGGCAGGCAGCAGUGCCUCCACCUCGCCGGCGCCCCUUGACACCUGCCCCUCCUCUAGCACCGCCAGCUCCAUCUCCAGCUCUGGAGGUUCCAGUGGCUCCUCCAACGACAACAGGGCCUACCGAUACAGCAACCGAUAUUGUGGGGGCCCGGGGCCCCCCAUCACUGACUGUGAGAUGAACAGCCCCCAGGUCCUACCCUCCCAGCCUCUGCGCCCCUGGGCAGGGGGUGAUGUGCCCCACAAGACACAUCAAGCCCCUACCUCUGCCUCUACAUUGCCGGGGACUGGGGCUCAGUUACCCCCACUGCCCCGUUGCCUUGGACGACCCCCAUCACCGACAUCACCACCACCCCCAGAGUUGAUGGAUGUGAGCCUGGUGGGCAGCCCUCCAGACUGCUCUCCACCUCCUCCAGCACCUGCCCCCCAGCACCCGGCUGCCUCAGCCCUCCGGACUCGGAUGACAGGAGGUCGACCACCUCUCCCACCCCCUGAUGACCCUGCCACUCUGGGGCCUCGCCUGGGUCUCCAUGGUGUACCCCAGAGCACAGCAGCCAGCUCAUGACCCUGCCCCCUCCCUGGGGCCCCUCCUGAAGCCAUACCCCCCCAUCUGGGGGCCCUGGGCUCCCAUCCUCAUCUCUCCCCUUGACUGGACUUGCUGCUACCCAGCUGGGGUGGGUGAGGCCUGCACUGACUGGGGCCCAGGGCAGGGGGUCAAGGGAGAGGAGUUUGGCCGCACCCUCCCCACUAAGACUGGACCCUUGGCCCCUCUUUCUCCCCUCCCCCCUUGUUUUCUAUUUAUUGUACCAAAGACAGUGGUGGUCUGGUAGAGGGGAGAUUCCCCCUUACCCAGGGCCCUAGGAGGGGGUGGGGGCAGGUAGGGGGAGAUGGCCUUGCUCCUCCUCGCUGUACCCCCCAGUAAAAAGCUUUCUCACAUGCCUGCCUGAGCGUUUGCAGGGCCUUGGCUCCCUCCCCUGACCCUCAGAGGCAUGGUGGGGAAGGCUGUGUGGGGGAGGGGUGCUUUGUGGUGUGGGUAUGGGUGUGUCCCUCCUGGGGACAUCAUAGUUCUUGGUGCAGGCAUGGGGCAGCAGGAGAUUGGUGGGCUGAGAGGCCUGGAUACAAGAAUCCUGGCCUAUUGCUAGGAAAUGUGAUGGUCAUCGGUCAGGGCUUCCACAGAGUCCACGCAGAAGUGGCUUUUUUUUUUUUUUUUUUUCCCUUUCUGUCAGGCAGGCAUUCGGUAGGUUGUGGGUAUAUUCAGCAGGCCUUCUUAGGUACCAUCGGGGGAGCAGACAGACAGUGGGUACAGAUUUUACCCAACCCGUGUCCGGCCCCACUGCAAUCAUUUCGAGUAUUGAAAUUCUCGAGCAAAAAGACGCUCCCUGACCUCCAGGUAAGUGAUUUUUUGUUUCCAUGGCAAUUUGGAACCAGCUUUCUCCCACAAGGGAGGGUGUGGUGAUUCCUGGGAGAUGGAGUUCUACAAGGCCAGCUCUUUGCUCACUUUUCUUGGGAACUACAGAGCCCAGAAGUCUCUGCACACACGGCUGGGGACUGGUGCUCAGUGAGCUGUAGGGCAUGACGGCUUAGAUGUUGGAGGUCCGUAGUCCGGGUUGAUUGGAUGGUGCUGGUGCACAGGAGUAGGGAGAGAGAGUGCAGUCAGCCAGCCCUGCAGGGCCAAGCAGUGGAAGCUCCGUGUAGAACUCUGGUGAGCAAGAGCCUGCCUGUUGUGGGAAGCUGAUGGCAGUGGUCGUUUUGAGAAUGCCGUUUAAGAUUUACAGACAUCUUUUGUUAUCCAGAGAGCUGGACUUUUUCACAGGGACUGAGACACCGUGAGAGGAGGGUGCACAGCCCAGCUUUGCCACAACAUGGAAGUAUGUUGCCAGGAAAAGGUGGCUUGUGGCAGGCCUCUAGGCAAGAGUGGCCUCAGAUGUGACGGCCAGGGAUGGAGGGUGUUGAGAAGGCCAGGAAAAGGCAGGUGGUUUCCAGAUAUCUGAGGUGAAGGAAGAGACGGAAACAAGCAGGGGAGGGGAGGGAGGGCUGCAAUACAUAGAGCACCGCAUCCCCACUAACAGGGUUAGGGUUGGUGUUCUGUUUUUAUGUGUUCUCUUGGUGCUGGGGAUGGAAUCCAAGAAACCCCAGAUGCUAGGCAAGUACUCUGCAUGCUCAGCCUCCUAGGAAAAAGGGUCGGAAUGGACAGCUUUAGAAGACAGGAGCUGCAGUGACCUUUCCAAAUUUGGGGAUAAUGUGGGCAAAUAGAAGUUACUUUUCUAAGGUCACACAAUUAGGAAGUAGGCUCAGGUUACUGUGCGUGUGCAUGUGCGUGUGUGUGUGUGUGUGUGUGUGUGUGUGUGUGUGUG